UCUCUCUCUCUCUCUCUCUCUUGUUCUGGACGCGCCGUCAAAAGGAGAAGGAAGGGAAUGUAUUAAUGGCGGAUUCUCCCCCGUCAUUUUAAAUAAGCACCAUCAUCACCAUCCCAUUGUCUCCCCGUCAACCCGCUCUUAAUUCCUCCUCCUCCUACUCCUCCUUCACAUUGCCAUGGCGAAGUCUAUCAUCGGUCUUCAGCAAUCUCCCACCACUACGUUGACUUCAGUGACCCGUCGACGAUCUCUCCCACUCCCACAGUUCACGGGCGUGGCGAGGCCUCUGUCAGCUAAACCAGCCAUUGCCAGUCAGAUACGGACAAACCCAGGUGCCGCUUUCACUGUCAGUGCUUCCGCCGGGACGGUGCUCGAGACCAAUUCAGCAUCAAAGGUUUCAUCUUUCAAUGAGUUGAUUGAGUCUCUAAUUCACGGAGUGGAUUUAUCGGAGUCUGAGGCCGAGGCGACUCUGGAUUUUCUGCUGGACGACGCCAGCGAGGCGCUGAUUAGUGCUUUUCUUGUGUUGUUGAGAGCCAAAGGAGAGACCUUUGAGGAGGUUGUGGGUUUGGCGAAGGCAAUGACCAAGCAUGCUAGGAAGGUAGAAGGGUUAACUGAUGUAGUGGACAUCGUUGGGACAGGUGGGGAUGGUGCAAACACAGUCAAUAUAUCCACGGGAGCUUCAAUACUCGCCGCCGCUUGUGGGGCCAAAGUUGCAAAGCAAGGAAACCGUUCAAGUUCUUCAGCGUGUGGAAGCGCUGACGUAUUGGAGGCUCUUGGGGUAGUUAUUGACUUGGAACCUGAGGGAAUCACGAGAUGUGUGAAUGAAGCGGGAAUUGGUUUUAUGAUGGGUCCAAUAUAUCAUCCAGCGAUGAAGAUCGUCAGUCCUGUGAGGAAGAAGCUGAAAGUAAAGACAGUGUUCAAUGUGCUGGGGCCCAUGCUGAAUCCUGCACGAGUUCCUUUUGCUGUUGUUGGUGUUUACAAAGAUGAAUUGAUUGUUAAAAUGGCAAAAGCACUGCAAAGAUUUGGGAUGAAAAGAGCAUUGGUUGUUCACUCAGAGGGUCUAGAUGAAAUCAGUCCCCUGGGAUCAGGAUAUAUUCUUGAUGUCACCCCGGAGAAGAUCAGGGAGUUUGCAUUUGAUCCAUUGGACUUUGGCAUUCCUCGGUGCACUUUGGAUGACUUAAGAGGUGGAGGACCUGAUUAUAAUGCAGAGAUGCUGAGGCGAAUCUUAUCGGGGGAGAAAGGACCUAUGGCUGAUGCAUUUAUUCUGAAUGCUGCAGCAGCUCUGUUGGUGAUUGGCCGAGUUAGAACCCUUGAGGAGGGAGUCACCCUUGCCCGUGAAACCCAAAGAUCAGGCAAAGCUCUCGGGACCCUCGAUUCUUGGAUCAAAGUUUCAAAUUCCUGAAUGUCAUGCAGAAGAUUAAACAAGAAGUAGCAUCUGCAGUUUUAAGCUGAUUGUGGUUCACGAGCGCAGGUCUGAAAGCUGCAUUCUUGGGCCGACAUGUAAAACAUGGUAAGAAUUGGCAGAAAGUCUUUUGAGGUAGGCCCACAUGGCCUCUUCUGUAUCUUCCUUCGUGUAGAAUAUAAGUAUGUGCAGCAUAUAGUCGUAACUCAACAUUGUUGCCCUCGCUCUGGCUCAAAACUGCACUGGGGGAAAGGUACCCAUAGUAAUAAAACUUUUCUACCGGACUGAUCUUA